CAACACAACCACUUUGCCAAACUACAAUCAAUUUAACAACACCCAUCAAUAUCCUUACUUAAUUAUAUCUAAGAAUAUGGGUAUUGGAAAUGGAGAUAAUUUCAUUGUGAGUGUGACAAAUGAAGAGGUAGUGGCAGCAGUGUUACCAAUACAAGAACAUUGGCUACCACUCUCUAACCUUGAUUUACUUCUACCUGCAGUGGAUGUUGGUGUGUUCUUUUGUUACAAGAAUCCCAUGAUAUUAACCUUUGAAUCUAUGGUUGUGUCUCUCAAGAAGGCAUUGGCUAAGGUUUUGGUCUCAUACUAUGCCUUUGCAGGUGAAGUUGUGUCCAAUUCUGUGGGUGAACCUGAGCUUCUUUGUAAUAAUCGUGGUGUUGAUUUUGUUGAAGCUGUUGCUGAUGUUGAACUUCAAUGCCUCAAUUUUUAUAACCCUGAUGAAUCUGUUGAAGGAAAGUUUGUUCCUAAGAAGAAGCAUGGCGUGCUCGCAAUCCAGGCAACUUCAUUAAAGUGUGGUGGGAUAGUAGUGGCAUGCACAUUUGAUCAUCGCAUAGCAGAUGCAUAUUCAACAAACAUGUUCCUAGUAUCAUGGGCCGAGAUGGCCCACCCAGUAAAGCCCAUCAAGCCCACAACAAUAACAAUCACUAAUAAACCAUGUUUUCGUCGCUCCCUCCUCAGCCCUCGUCAUCCAAGUUUCAUCCACCCUUCCCUUGACGAUAUGUACAUUCCCAUUUCCAAACUCCCUCCUCCUUCGGCCACUGCUACAAAGCCGUUACUUAGCCGAAUAUACUACGUCACCGCAGAGGAGCUCCACCGCUUGCAAUCACUCGGUGCUUCGGCUAAAAAUGGCACCACUAAGCCUUCGAAGCUUGAGUCUUUUUCCGCCUACUUGUGGAAGUUGGUUGCUAAAGCAGUCACAAGGGACGGUAGUAAAAUGGUCAUUGCCAAAAUGGGCAUAGUGGUUGAUGGAAGAAGGAGAAUUGCCAACAAUAGUAGCGAUGAGGACCGGGGAGAAGCAUUGAUGACACACUAUUUUGGUAAUGUUCUUUCUAUCCCAUUUGGCGGGAAAUCAGUGGAGGAGUUGGUCGAUAAGCCAUUAGGGUGGGUGGUUGACGAGGUUCGCGAGUUUGUGUCAGUAGCAACAACUGAGGAACAUUUCCUAGGGCUCAUUGAUUGGGUGGAAGCACAUCGACCUGUUCCUGGAUUGGCGAAGAUUUAUAGUGGUGGCACCAAUGAAGGGCCGGCUUUUGUGGUAUCUUCCGGGCAAAGAUUUCCGGAAGACAAGGUGGAUUUUGGAUGGGGAAAAGUUGUGUUUGCAUCCUACCAUUUUCCUUGGGGAGGUGAAGCUGGUUAUGUGAUGCCAAUGCCAAGCCCUCUAAGGAAUGGUGAUUGGGUUGUUUACAUGCAUCUUUUGAAAGAGCAAUUGGACAUCAUAGAGUCUGAGGCAGAUCAUGUCUUUAUGCCUUUGACUUGGGAUUAUCUCAAUCAAUGAUGGAUAUGUUAUUACUAAUCAUGCAUGUUGACUUGGCGUUUUAGUGGUUAAAAGUUUGGACAUCGUAUUUAUACAUGAGUAUUGCAACAAAAGUGUGACAUCACAUAUGGUAGCAAGCUUGUAAUCUAUGCAACAUUGUUAAUUUAUAAUGGUUGUGGAUUUGGUUA